AUUUGGUACAUGAGUAAUUCGGAAAAGCUCACUAACACAUUCUGGGUUGCUUCAGCUUCAACACCGACUUUGAUCAUCGACAAAGAGAGCCACACCGUUCUUACUUGGUUCACAAAUGCAUCAAUAACAUCCUACAAUCCUGCGUAUAUAUCAUCUAAGUUCAAACAAGAAAAUCUCGUGAUCUUUCUUUAAUUCAUGUUUUAGUCCGGACAGCUGGUAGAGCACAAAAAAUGGAGAAGGUUCACCAAAUGGUAAAGGACGAAAGGAUCAUGAAGAUUGAGAUUCCUGGCGAUGGCAGUUCCACGCCCGAAGUGUGCUCGGGUGGGCUGACUCGUCAAACGAGCAUCACCAAGACAAACUGCCUUUGCUCACCAACCACUCAUCCCGGUUCUUUUCGAUGUCGAAUGCACCGGUCUCUUUCGCUACAACGUACCAAGAGUAUUGAGGCUGCGGCUCUACAGGACGCUCCGGCUAAGCCAUCAGAUUCCCUUAGAGCCACUAAGUAGAUUCAUGGAUGAACAUGAUACCAUGGCAUUUCUCUUGGUUGUUCUAAUGUAAUCAAUAUAGAUGGGAGUACGUAGGGUUCUUAAACUUACGUAUAAAUUUUGUAUUUUAAACUGCUUCGCUUUACGCCUCAACUAUCGGUUGGCAAACAAAGAGAGGCAUAUGAUGUUCAUGUGGCUUGUUUCUUUUACAACAAAUAAUUAAAAUACUCCCACUAUUUCAUAAUAAAUGUUAUUUUAACU